UCAAGAUAAGUCGCACGUGUAAAGAAACGCAAGAAAACGAGAUCACAAAUCUCUCCCUUUAAAUCGUCGUUUUUCUUUCAUUUCCAACUUAUGGUUGGCGAUUUCUGAUACGAUUUAUCCAAUCAUACAUUAUUAAGACAUGGGGCGAGAGAAGAAGAAGUACCAAAGUGGUGCGGCCACAAACUUCAUCACCAGAGCCUCGGCUGUCAAGAAGCUUCAACUGUCAUUGGUUGAUUUCAGGCGCCUGUGUAUUCUGAAGGGGGUGUACCCAGUACAACCCAAUAACCCAGCCCAGGCUAACAAAGGCAAGAGAGCCAUCAGAACCUUCUACAGGAGUAAAGACAUCCUAUUCCUGGCACAUGACCCAAUCAUCAACAAAUUCCGAGCACAUAAGAUCUUUGCUAGGAAGGUGAAAUCUGCAAGACACAAGAAAGAUUGGACCCGUCUGGAACGCCUCAGCGAAAACAAACCCGGCUAUACAUUAGACUACAUCGUCAAAGAAAGAUACCCAACAUUUGUGGAUGCACUGCGGGACAUUGAUGACCCGUUAACGAUGUGUGCUACAUUCAGCGCUAUGAAGAAGAAUGCUAAAGUAGAGAGUAGACUCAUACCAAUAUGCAGCAGGCUAACAAUGGAGUUUAUGCAGUUUGUUAUAGCUUCAAGAGCUCUCAAAAAGGUGUUUCUAUCCAUAAAAGGUAUCUACUACCAAGUGGAAGUCCAAGGACAAACAAUAACGUGGAUCGUACCCUACGUCUUCACAUCCACACGGCCGAGAGAUAUUGACUUAAGAAUCAUGUCAACCUUUGUGGAGUUUUACAGCACACUGCUUGGCUUCAUCAACUACAGAUUGUACAGUACACUCAAUCUACACUAUCCACCCAAGAUCUCCCUUAUUGAGAAAUCCCGCACAACCGACGAAUCAGACACCAGCACAAGUUUCUGUAUGGAUAAAGAAGAAGAACAAGAAAGGGUCGCAGCCAUGACCCUUGACCUUGCAAAGGUCAGCAAGGAGCCAACCGGAGAUGAGGAUGAAGAGGAGAAUGUUCAGGAUGAGGAGCUUAUGGCUGAUGGGACGCUUGACACAGAAGCAGUACAGGAAGCCAAGGAAGAACGAGACAAAGAAAAGAAAUUCAAGAAUCUUUUUGAAGGAUGCAAGUUCUACCUCGCAAGAGAAGUACCAAGGGAGACCCUUACAUUUGUCCUCAGGUGCUUUGGGGCCCAGGUAUCUUGGGAUAAGACGGUGUUCAUUGGAGCAACGUAUGACGUCAAUGAUGAGAGUAUUACACAUCAGAUUGUGGAUAGACCUCAACAGAAGAAGGAGUACCUCUCAAGGUACUACAUCCAGCCCCAGUGGGUGUUUGACAGCAUUAACGCCCGCCUCCUACUCCCAGUGGAGGAGUACUUUCCAGGGGUUGUCCUACCUCCUCAUCUCUCACCCUUCGUCCAGGAGAAGGAGGGUGACUACAUGCCACCAGAGAAGAAGACUCUGUUGAACCGACAACAUGGCAUCAACGCAGGAAAGCCUGAUGAGGGGAAAGAAAAUGAGGAAGAUGCUGAAGAAGACGAAGAGGAAGGAGGAAACAUCAGCGAAGAUGAAGAAGAAUCACAUCUGACUGAAGUAGAAGAAAGACAUCUGAGUCAACUACAGAGAAAACAAGACAUGGAGAGAAGAAGCAAACAACAGGAAAUCAAGGAUACGUCUAAGCUAUCUGUCGAGGCCGGUGAGGUGAAGCCAGUAGAUGUAGUCUACGAAGCCGAGAAGGAAGCCAGGAUGGAACGCUCUCUCCAAGAAAUGAUGAUGACCAAGAAACGCAAGAGACUCUAUCAGAAACUCAUGAAGAAACGCAAAACCAAACAGAAACAGGUGCGUAAAUUGACCAGCAGACGAGAGCAGUAUGACAGUGAGCAGAAAACCCAGAAGAAGAAGCAGAAGACUAGUGCGAAAUAAAUGAACUCUGCGCAAGGAGCAAAUCUAUUUGGACAAGGUAUCACUUUGUAUCGAACAAUUGCAUGUGAUGUCAUCAAACUAUAGCGCCCUCUUGUGGGGGUCAAAGGAAGGUAAUCAGAAACCUUUAAAAGGGGGAAAUCUGUUUCCUCCGGAAAAUCUAUCCCCAAUAUGGGAAAUUAACAUGGGCUGGGGGAGGAGGAUUCAAAAGAGGGCGCUAUCAGAAGAAAUUUUACCCCGUUUGCCAUGGGGAGGGGGGACACACAGAAUCUCCUGCAACAGGGGCACCAAGGCAAAGACCAGGGCAGCAGAGGUCUUGACCUUCCAAGCCCCAUUUUUGUUUUAUUGCAGGCCUGGAUUAAGGUGUUCUUUAUCGUAAUUAUGAUAUUUUUUAAACAAUUGUUUA